AAACAUUUGGCAAGCAUUUUAGUUUACUGUAGCAAAUAAAAAUUAAUUUUGUUUUUCUUAAUUUCAUUGAAAUAUAUUAAGAAAUGACUGAUGAGGAAAUUAUAAAGAAACGUUUGUUAAUCGACGGAGAUGGUACCGGCGAUGAUAGGCGUCUGAAUAUGCUACUGAAACAAUUCCUCAAAUGGAUGUACUCCAAAAAUGAUUCACCAGAAAACAAUCAAAUAAUCUAUGAUCGAUUGAUGGCCCAACUGGCCCAGUGUCAAUUUGCCGCUGCCAAAACGGAACGCACCAGUCAAAUGAUCGAUGAAGAAUUGGAAAAUUAUCAAAAACUAUCACAAACCAUAGAGAAGAAUAUCGAAGCUGCCAAAUUGGAAAUCGAAGAGAGUAAAAAAGAGCUGGUGAUAGCCAAGCAAAUACGCAAAAAUAAAAUGGAAUAUGAUCAACUAGCCAAGGUGAUCAAACAGCAACCCGAUCGCAAGGAAACACAAAAGCACAUUGAAUCUUUGCAAAAGGAAUUGGCCGAGUUGAAUGAUAAGAAACUCAAGUUGGAACGUAAAUUUGAAAAACGACAAAAAGAUUUCUCAGUCCUAAUGUAUGCUGUGCGAGAACUGGAAGCUCAAUUGGUGGAAGAUAGUUCAAGCGAUGAGGAGACUAGCAAAAGUGACGAUGAGGUCGUGGUGGGAUCUGGUGCCAAUAAAUCGGAUGUUGGCAAUAUAACCCUACUCGAUGGCUUAAGUGAUGAUGAGGUUGAGGGUGGUUCACAAUCUGGCAAACGUGGUCGUGGUUUUCUCGAACGAGGUGUUGUGGAAAAAAUUGAGAUAAAAGACGAUGAUGAUGCAAAAAGUGUUAAAGAGAGUUUGUCCAUGGAUGAGGAUGUCGUCCUAGAGCUAAGCAUAGAAAGAGAUGAUAACGAUGUUAAAAUGGAUGAAGUGGUACUACUGGCAUAAAUAUUUUUGUAAUUUUUAGUUUCGUAAGAAAAUAAAGGAAGGCAUUGCCAACAUUUUGACAACAAAA